UCUAAAUGGCCCGUAAAUCUGCUGAGAACUGUGAAAAGACAUCGAUUUUGUCACUGUUCAUUCCUUCUCUUAACUCAUCGUUGGUCUUGUUCAAAGACUCGUGGAGGGACUUGUUGCGACGGACAAGACAAUGAGAAGGUAUUGGUUAUUGUCUGAAAUAUUCCAUGAUGAUUGAUUUGCCCCUCACAGUACAUGCACAUGCAAAGGAACUCGCAAUCUUGCACAGUGGAAAGGAAUACCACUCCGGUGACGUCCUGUCAGUGCGGAGUGACAAGUACGAGACGGUCCGCUGUCGCGCUACCGGCACCCGGCCCGCCGCAGACAUUACCUGGAUCCUGGCAAAUUCCCGUCACAAUAGUGACGAGGUGGAGGCGGUGGAGGCCUCUGGGGGACUGUACAACACCACUGGGACAUUGGAACUAGCUGUGAAGGAGGAUAUGGACUUAGAGAAGCUGGUCUGUGACGCCAAGACGCUCGGCAUGAAACAGGGGUCGACCAUUGAAGUGUCCUUGGUACUGAAGAAAGGAGCUUUGUCUGCGUGGGUCAUCGUCGGUGUGAUCUUUGGCGUCUUGGGCUGUGUAGCAUUCUCUCUCGUUGCCCUUGUUGUCAUCAGGAAGAGGAAGAAAACUCGAAGCAGACCUGAAGUGGACGAGCCAGUAUCAUUCAUACGUCUGGACAGCAGGAUUCAAAUACCACCUGCUCCCAAACUAUGCGAUGUAUCCAGCGACUCGUGCGCUCACCUCUCCACCUGUAUCGGUCCUCCUGUCAGCGAGCGGCCGCGCAUAUACCCCGACACCACCGACGGCAAUUCCCGCUACGCCGCCCUGCCCGCCACCCAGCCCUUCCCCCGCUCCAAGCUGACCAUCCUGAACGUGAUUGGUCAGGGCAACUUCAGUGUGGUCUACCUGGCGUCUGCCACCGAUAUCCUCAGCACAGGGAACCAGACCUAUGUUGCCCUGAAGACCUUGAAAGAAAACGCCGGGAAGGAUGUCAUCGAAAAUCUCUUCCGGGAAGUAGACCUCCUAAACCGAAUGUCAUCGCACCCUAACGUGGUGCGUUACCUUGGCAGCUGCUUGGAGAAAGAUCCACUGUAUGUAAUAUUUGAGUACCUCUCCAACGGCAACCUACAGCAGUACCUGCGGCAGAACCGCUCCCAGGACUACACGUACAUUGACGUGCUCAACGAGGCCCUCGGCGGCACCGACCUGAUGAAGUUUGCGAGGGACAUUGCCAAGGGCAUGGCGUUCCUGUCAGCCAACAAGUGCAUUCAUCGGGAUCUGGCAGCCCGUAAUGUGCUCGUUACUGCCGACGGAGCCUGCAAGAUAUCUGACUUUGGUCUCGCCGAGGAGAUCAGAAACUCUCGUGCGUCACAAAAACGCACCAAUAAUGCUCUACCACUGCGUUGGAUGGCCCUUGAGUCAAUUGACAAGGAUAUCUUCUCGACUAAGAGCGACGUCUGGUCGUUUGGAAUCGUCCUCUGGGAAAUUGUCACUUUUGGUGCCCAGCCGUUCCCCAGUAUGACAGUCCGUGACGUCAUAAGCAAACUUCGAGAAGGUUACCGAAUGCCUAAACCGAAGCACUGUGAUGACAAACUAUACAACCUAAUGAUGUCAUGCUGGGACGUGGAGCCGGAUCGUCGGCCUUGCUUCGAAGACCUACUGAAUUCGCUGGAGAAAUUCUUGGAAACAGAAGCGGACUAUAUUGACGUUGGGCUUUACGAGGAAGGUCUGUAUCUGUUGCCUACUGGCUUUGAUAGCAACCACCACGAGAAGAUUUAAAGUAGAAGGCAUGGGGACGGCAGUUUUGUCAAAAUCACUGGUAUUUAGAUGCUGUAUGCAAAUAGUACAUUUGACCUCAAACAGAGUGUUCACAUAACUGUUGCUUUGUUCCAUUGGCUAUUCCCCUUGAGCAGAAGCACCCCCUCGUUGGUUGAAAAGAGACAUAUUGCUGGAGACUGUUCCUUAUCCUGGUAGCAAGGAGACCGCAUGUUACCACAGCAGGAGCCUCUGCUGCCCGGUAAUUUGCGCCCUCCAGCCCUUGGUCCCGCUCAGGGCUUCUUAGGUUUCAGGGAAUUCGGAAUAGAAACACUUCUACUGCAGUUAUUUUCAUAUGUAGGCCUAUGGUUCUCUCUGCAAUGAUAAAUGAAAUCGGCUAUUGAUAUUGCGACCGUACCCUUCGGCCUGGUCCCAAAUGGUCGACUAGACAGUCAAAACCACUCAACGCUCGGGCGGUGUUAGUCGAACUACAUGUAUAUAGUUAACUGUAGUUGUCGCUCGAGCUUGCUCAUUGUUUCAAGCUAUGCGUGUACAAAUGAAUGCUUCUGGCCACCUUUCUGGAUUAUGCAAUACCAACUACAUAAUACCCUCGGCACAAAAACACUGCCAUAUAUUUGUGUUUUCCUUUGUUAUGUUUGUGUUAAUGCGUUUGUUUUUCCUUUAGCACUACGUUUAAGGGUCUAUCGACUGUUGUAAAGCGAAAGCAGAGUUACCUUCCGGUGAGCACUGCUGUAAUUUUUAUUUUUCACUCAUUAACGUUUUCUUUGCUGCGCACUUUUAAAGGACAACAUUUGUAGGAAUGGUCCUUUCACGGUCAGACUUUUCUGGCUCUGAGGAAUCAGGCGCUUCAACGCCUCAGCUUAUAUCUCCCCCGUCGGCCAGUAGGCUUUAAAUAAAGUUUCUCGUAAACACGAUCUUCAUUUUCUGAUUUAGAUACCAUGUUACAAUUGGCACGAUUAAAUCAAAAGUUGUUGAUUGUGUAUCACUUUUGCGAUUACAUCCUCUGGAUAAGCUACCAGUGCAAUAGACAUGAUUUCUGUAUAAAUAAUUUUUUUUUUGGUUUACAAAUAAUUGUGGAUCCUGUAUGCAUAAAUAAUUAUUUUAACUGCACAUUGUAAUUCUUGUCAUGUUUCAGAGUCCGUACAUUAUUUAGUGUCUGAUCCGGCACACAUUCAAAUUAUCUCGGUGUAAUAAGCUCCAUCCUCUUGUUGAGCAGCACCAGAAAUCACAGGAAAAAGAAUAUUCCCACCAUACGAAUCUAAUUUCAUUUCAUGUGCAUGAUAAUUGCUAUAUUGUAUUUUUGAUUACGAUUCAGAAUGUACGAUUUUUGUUAAGUUUAGCAAUUCCGCUUUUGGCCGCGAAGAAAGUGUCUCAAUAGACCUUACUGACUGAAUGAGGAAAUGAAUGAAUGACAGUGUUUGGAGGGAUGACCUUUGCUGUAACUCGGGAGCGUUAACAAUGCGUAUACCCUCUCUACCUCGUGAACACUCUGGCUCUGUACCGGUAGGUCAUUGCGUCGACAGGCCCAAUGGUUUCUCGAGCUCAGGUCUUGCUCGACACUGAAUGGCACUGUACGUACAAGUGUAGGGCACAACCUACAGGCAGUCAGCACUGUUGCUCCCUGUUCCAAGACACUUGUAGCGAGAGAAGACGACAAGGAUAUCGCUUGUUUUGUAACACAGCUGAGGUCGAAUGUUCAACAUCCCCCGGUUGUCAUUUUCCACCCUUUGUAUCAUGACACCGAUCGCAAGCAAGUUGCAUUGCAAUCACUGUGAAAAAAAGGACUGCAAACUGUAACAUGCAUAGAGACCGGCCAAUACUUGGCGCAAAAGCGAACUGAACAGCGAGUUUGUGACGUCAGAUCAAACAUUUUGCAAAAGUUCAACACGUUUGAACUCGAACGAAAAAUCGCUGCAAUUUUUUGUGACGUCAAAAAUUAAUUGCUUUGCUUUCACACUCGCCCGUAGUAUGAACCGGCGUUAACUCGUUCCUCCUGAUUUCGAACGUAGUGACGGCGAAUGCUAGCUUAGGCUAAACUCACACGUACCACUUGUACGUAAAUAUUACGUCAAUCAAUUUGACUUGUGCUUUGGAUAAUAAUGCAAGUUAUAAUAAGCACUUAAAAAUUUUAUCAACGAUUUCUCGAUAGUUUUAAAAGUAGGCUAUACCUUGUAACGUGUACAAUAAUUGUUCCAUAAUUGUAUGGUGCUUUACAUAUUGCAUUCAUG